AUGGAUAUUAAUGUAAAAGUGGAGGUAAAAGGGGAAGAGGGAGAGGAAUUAAAAAAUAAAGAAAUUGAUUUAAAAGCUAGUAUAAAUAAAAUGGCUGCAAUCUUGGACAUGAUAGACCAAUUUCGAAGUCCUUUUAAUUCUAUUUGUAAAUAUUUAAAUGAAAUAUGGGAUGUAGAAACUUUUCAAGAACGUUUAUUACAUGAAGAAAAUAUCUUUAAUCCAACCAAGUUUUAUAAUCUGCAUUCGGUUUGUAUAAAUAAAUUAGACAAAUUUUGUGAAUUAGUUGAAUCAAGUGUUGAUGAAUUGGAAUAUGCAAGAAAAGUGGCAUCAGGCUGGAAAGAUAAUUCAUCCAUUCCUGAAAACAGAUUUUCAAACAUGAGUAUUAAUGAGGAUAAAUCUUCUGGAAUAAUUAAUUAUAAAGAAAUCAUGCAAAAGAAUUGUCAACGAAUAACAAAACACAGAGAAGGAGAUCAUAUAAUUCCCAAACUUCCUAUUUUAAAAGAAACUAAAAUUCAUAAAGAGAAUAGUAUUAAAAUGGAUGAAAUUAUUGAUAAUUGGUUAUUAGAAGCCAAGAAAAGACCUUAUAAAGUUGAAAUUGAGAAAAUUGAAUUUGAUUCAAUUGGAAGAGUUACUGGAUUAUUGGUACAUUUUUCAAUAUUUCAAUAG